AUGCUUGUUCGUUCCGUUCUGCCGCUCGCCAGGGCUCGCCCAGUGCCUUCCACCCUCCGUUCAUCCCUCACGGCAUCUUCAUAUCCACGAUGGUACGCACAGAACAAUAAACCGAAAACACCGUACGUUCUCCCCAACCAAAAGGCGAGUUCGUCACAGUCGAAGCCUUCUCAGCAGAGGAAUACAUCAGCCAAGAAUCAAUCGGCGCAGCCGAAGUCGAAACCAGUUGUUGUUGGCGCUUCUUCAGGAGCAAAAGCAGCAGCGAGCGCCUCAACUGGUACCGCUAAGACUACGUCUGCGAAGUCUACAUCUGAGAAACCCUCGUCUGAACCUGAUGUGUCACCCGAACAGCCCGAAUUCGAGACAGUAGCCCAGGCCGAGGAACCGGCUCAGGCCCAAAAACCGCAGAAACCUCUUCCGGAUUUGACACAAGGUAUCCCAUCUACGCUGGGAGCAGAACUUGAUGCAGCGCGCAAAGGACGCAAAACGACUUCUCUAAAUCUGACUGAGGAUCCUUCCAAGCAUGACUACGAAGACUACGAAGAUGAAGGCGCUAGUGGCAGCCGAUCAAAGGAGGCGUACGAGUCUUCGCUGGACCGUCGCCGAGCUCGCGUCGCUAAUGUGAUGUAUGGUAUCCUUCUCGGUGGUCUCCUCGGUGGAACAGUCUAUAUGGGUCGAAAUUGGGAUUCGGAGGAAGAAGCUCGAGCUCACAAAGAUGCUCCAUCUGGAUGGGGUGUUGGACUCUUCUGGGACCGAAUCAAGGCUCGUAUGAACAGCUUCACUAGCUAUUACAGAGACCCUGCCUUUGAUAAGCUGCUGCCUGAAGAAGAUCCCUCAUUGAGACAGCCGUAUACAUUGGUACUCAGUUUAGAAGACCUUUUGGUUCACAGCGAGUGGACGAGAGAGCACGGCUGGCGUGUGGCCAAGCGACCUGGUGUCGACUAUUUCCUGCGCUAUCUGAACCAGUACUAUGAGCUUGUUUUGUUCACCAGUGUUCCAAGUAUGAUGGCAGACCAGGUCUUGCGAAAGCUCGAUCCUUUCCGCAUCAUCAGAUGGCCUUUGUUCCGCGAAGCCACCAAGUACAAGGAUGGAGAAUACGUCAAGGAUCUGUCUUACUUGAAUCGUGACCUCUCCAAAGUCAUCCUCAUCGAUACCGUACCCGGUCACGCUCGUGAACAGCCCGAAAACGCCAUCAUCCUACCCAAGUGGAAAGGCGACCCUCAGGACAAAUCCCUCGUCGCUUUGAUCCCCUUCCUUGAAUAUGUAGCAGGCAUGAACGUCGAGGACGUCCGUCCCGUCAUCAAAUCAUUCGAGGGCACAUACAUACCCGCCGAAUUCGCCGCACGCGAGAAGGUGAUGCGCGAAAAAUUCCAGAAACAACUGGAAGAAGAACAAAAGGGCCGCCCCCGCCGCGGUGUCGGCAACCUUGCCGGUCUUCUCGGCUUGAAGCCACAGAGCAGUAUCGACGGCCAAGGCCCCUCCGAAGAGAAGAUGCUCUGGGACCAGAUCCGUGAACGCGGUCAGAAGAAUUAUGAGAUGAUGGAGCAAGAAAUUCGUGAGAACGGAGAGACAUGGCUCAAGAUGAUGGCUGAAGAAGAAGAGAAGGCACGGCAAGAGCAGAUGAAGAGCAUGAAGGGAAGUUUGACCGGCUUCUUUGGUGCUGCCGGAGAGGAAGUUCAGAAGAAAUAG